GCCUGAUCUGUGCGUCAAUCAUACCACUAGCGUUGAGUCGGCUCUGAUUUUGCAUUUGUUCUCGCCCUCCCGAAUAUCAAGGUUCAGCAAUAUUACCGUAUCGCCUGUCAAUGGCAACUGCAAAGGAGACCCAAGCGACGCUGCCCCUAAUAUGGCAACGCCGCGUCAACAAGCUGAACGCCACACUGGUUCGCCGCGACUUGUUUACAGUGAUAGAGGAAGUGCUCUUUCCUGCUACAUCCACAUUCGAGCAGGCAAGUUUACAAGAACGUAAGGCUUUGAGACUCUCUCUCGGGGACCGAAAGCAGAGAGAUGGGACAACAGUUCCCGUGUGGGCGUACAUUAUCCUCGACGGCACCGAUAGCGAGCCAUCUAUCAUGUUUCGCGAAGAGGUCCAGAUUCACUCAAUCGGCGCAAAUACUAUUCGACUAUAUCCACGAUCUGCCUCGUCUCUACUGCGAAAAGCAAAUCACCUCAAGUCGCCUUUCUGCUUUCUACAUCAAGAAACAGAUGAAGGUGUCAAGGAUGGGCGUGGCAUGCUAUGCGCAGUCAUCGCCUACUAUGCGCUGAUAGCAGGAUUGAGCGACUGUGCUAUCCGAUGGCGCCGAUUUGACGGCUGUAUGAUUGCCGCCCUGGACUACAUCAAUGUCACCCUAGGAUGGCUGCGCGAAAUUUCGAGAAAGUCAUCGCGCACGACCGCCAACGUCAUCGCCCCCAAAUCACUCGUAGUAAGACUCCCGAUAGGCCAAGAGGCUCUUGCAAAGAUUACUGGAGUUUCCCCUGGGUUCGAAAUUCCAGACAGCGAGGACGAAGAGGACAUCAUGCUUCUCAAUGAAGACAUGCAAGAGCAGCCAGACGUCCCGAACAUUACGCAGCGACCUGCCCUCGCCGUUCUCGAGGAGUUACCAGACACCGUCGACAGCGUCUUCGGAGACGACGUCGCCAGCGUCGCAGAAGAAGUCGACAGCGUCAUCGGAGAUGUCAGCGACAGUAUCAUUGUGGCAAACAGCAGAUCUCAAGUACACGGAAACGAGCAACCAUGCUAUACUUCGUUGACGAUCAAGAGGCGCAAGCUGGAGGAUAUCACGGCAGGAAGCGAUGGCGACGUGGUCGAGGAGAUGGAUGGGCACGGUUGGCGGCAAGCUUCUUGGGGCCGAUCGCGAAGGAAGUAGGGUAGUUGAAUUUGAGGAAUUAACAGGGUGAUACGGAAGUUCACAUUGUAUAGUAGAGUGUUGAGGUGUCGUCACUCCGAAGUCAGGAUGGCAGCGGCGAAG